AUGCAGAGCCCUGGUCUUGAAACACCUUUCGACCAGGACAUUUCCCCUGCUCCGGACGAACCGCCAAGCACCCACUGGGAUCUCCAUCUUUCAGUCACACGCACGCACGGGAACCGCACCCUCCCCACCUCAUCUCCCCAAUGGAAAGCUCUCCGAGCCGAGGUCCUCCUUCGUGAUGAUCGCACCUGCUCAGCAUGCGGCUACGUAUCCCCACACCCCAAUGGCCGUUCGAUGGUCAUCGAUCACGCAGACGGAGACGCAUCGAACAACGAUCCUACCAAUUUGAGGAUACACUGCCCACCAUGUGAGGCGGUGAGGCAUUGUGGCUUUGCUGGCAUGCGCGGCUGGCUUGUUGUUGGCGAGUCGACUAUGGAGCAGGUUGAUAUCGUUCGUAAGACGAGGGGGAUGUUUGAGAGUACGGGUACCGUUCCCCAUCCGAAAGUUGUCGAUCCGUCGGCGAUACCUGGUGAUGUUGAUGUGUUGGAGCUCGCGAACAUGAUGCUGGAGACACCUUGGGAGGAUUUGCCGCCGGAGCGCCGACGGUUGAGAGGCUUUUUUACGGGUCACAGCUCGAAUCUUUUUCAAAAGACGAUGCUCACAGGCAACCAGGAUACGAAUGACUCUGGAGGUGACCUAGGCAAAGCACCAGUCAACGAGUCAGAUCGAAGAGCAGCAGAGAUUGUGGCGGUCGAGACUAGUCUUCCGUGGAUCGGCUUCUCAAAGGAAUUCCACAAAUCUUCCCAAAAAUUUCUCGAUUCAUGGCCCCCGUCUAAAACAUUGAACACAAAAGUUGCUUGGAUAUGUGUGGACAACGAUCGAGCAGUCAAAAUGGAAGACGAGGAGUCGCUCGAUCGAGAUGGUCUUUCUACUGCAUGGGACAAGAUUUGCGCUGAAGGCCCGGUUACAUUAUCGCAAAUCGAUAAAUUAGCAGAAGAGUUCAAUGUCCUUUGGGGCAAGUGGCUCGUGUUCGUUCCAACAGAUCGAGUUGACGCCCUGUGGGGACGGAUCGUGAAGGCGACACUUGCCGGUACGAUGGGUUGCAGCGCGAAGGUAUCUCCUUGCGAUGAGGGGAAUCCUCGUUACCGACAUGUGAUCUGCGUGUAUAAUUCAGACUACAGGUCGAAAGCAGAGGUGGACAAGCUACGAGAUGGACUUCGUCGGCUGGGCGUGAAGGAGCGUAUUGGAUAUAAACCAGACAUUUAUACAUAUUGUCGGAUAUAUAUGGGCAAUAGUUGGGGUAUUCCGCCUUCGCGAUAUCAUAGUUGA